UAAAUACAACCUUUGCUCAUUCAAUAAACGAGUUUUUCACUCUUUGUUGAGUCAAAAAAUUUUCACUCGCGGAAUUUUUGCGCAGGAUUUUGUGAAGAAAAAGAAUUUCCCCAAGAUGAAACUUACGGAGAUUGCGAGAGCUGUCGCCACCCAGGUUACGGAUAAGCCAAAUAAGCCCCAAUUGCGUGGACUCCAUCAUGCCACCAUCAAGAGGAACCUCGCUGUUUCCCUUGUCCUCUGCACCAUUUCCGUCAUUGCCGUGAAGAUUCUCCACAAUGACCGAAGGAAGGCAAAUUAUGCCGAAUUCUACAAAAAUUACGAUGCUGAGGCUGCUUAUGAGCGCAUGAGGAAGGCUGGUUUGUUCCAGGCUGCCUCAGCUGAUGAUUAAACAGCAGCAUUUGCCCAUGGGAGUGUCUAGUUAAAAGAUUCAUUGAGAAGAUUAUGUAAUAAAUUUCCGUGAGGGAAAAUGUCAAAA